GCGGCGGCGGCGGCGGCGAUGCCGAGGGGCCCGGCUCGGCGGGGCGCGCCCGCGGGGCCAUGAGGGCGGGCUCCGGCCAUGGCCCAUGGCAGCGCGGCGGUCAUGCUGAAGUGCGUGGUGGUGGGGGACGGCGCCGUGGGCAAGACGUGCCUGCUGAUGAGCUACGCCAACGACGCCUUCCCCGAGGAGUACGUGCCCACCGUCUUCGACCACUACGCAGUCAGCGUUACCGUCGGGGGCAAGCAGUACCUGCUGGGGCUGUACGACACCGCCGGCCAGGAAGACUAUGAUCGUCUGAGACCUUUAUCUUACCCUAUGACCGAUGUCUUCCUUAUCUGCUUCUCAGUGGUAAACCCUGCUUCAUUUCAAAACGUGAAGGAAGAGUGGGUACCAGAGUUGAAGGAAUAUGCACCUAAUGUUCCCUUUUUACUAGUAGGAACACAGAUUGAUCUCCGUGAUGACCCAAAAACUCUGGCAAGACUGAAUGAUAUGAAAGAGAAGCCCGUAUCUGUGGAGCAAGGACAGAAGUUAGCAAAAGAGGAGCCUACUGUUACGUGGAGUGUUCAGCUUUAACACAGAAAGGACUGAAGACUGUUUUUGAUGAAGCUAUUAUAGCCAUUCUAACUCCAAAGAAACACACAGUGAAGAAGAGAAUAGGCUCAAGAUGCAUAAACUGCUGUUUGAUCACGUGAGAGACAUUUGACAAUGGCCAGGCUUACUGUGAAAUUCUACUGAUUUUAAAUACAAUGCAUUAAGUACAUAGUGAAUUUGUUCCAGGUUUGAAAGUUAAACCUACGUUUCUGCCUUCUACAACCAGUGAAAUCCAGAGGAAUAAAACCAAACUCAAUGGACUUGUAAUAAGAAGACACCACAUUUGUUACAAAUAUUUUAUUUAGACUGGAAGGUACAAUCUCUCAGGGUUACACAGUCUAGAGGAAGCAAAAAUUGCACCAUGCUGAAAUGGCAUCUAUGUGAUCUUACUGAGUGGAGAUGCUUGGCCUGAAAUACUCUAACUGAAUUUGGACAGUCUUCUGCUUUUACUAUAUAUAUAUAUAUAU